AUGGCGGAGGCGACCGCGGCGGUGGAGCUGCGGGGGCUGCCCCCCGACUUCUCGGAGGAGCUGCUGAUGCUGUACUUCGAGAACCGGCGGCGCUCCGGGGGCGGCCCGGUGGCGAGCUGGCAGAGACUGGGCCGCGGGGGCGUCCUCACCUUUCGGGAGCCCGCAGACGCCGCGAGGGUCCUGGCGCGGGAGGAGCAUGUGCUGGGCCCGGUGCGGCUGAGCGCGCGGCCGGCUCCUCCCCGGGCCCCCUCGCGCGUGCUGCUGCAGGGGCUGCCGGCGCUCACCGCGUCCGGGCGCCUGGAGCUGCACGUGCAGGGCCUGCUGCGAGCCGCCGGGCUUCCGGAGCAACCGUGCCGUGCGCUGGCCAGCCCGCGGCCGGACCGAGCGCUGGUGCAGCUGCCGGAGCCGCUGUCCGAGACAGAGGUCGGGGUCCUGGAAGAGCAAGCGCGCUCGCUGGACCUGGACGGUGCUGCGGUGACCCUGGCCCGGGUGCCCCAGGCCCGAGCGGUGCGGGUGGUGGGGGACGCGCCGCCCCCAGACCUGCUGCUGCUCCAGCUGUACCUGGAGAACGAGCCGCGCAGUGGCGGAGGUCCCCUGGAGGGCCUGCGCGUCCUGCCUGGGGCCCUGGGCAUCGUCGUCCGUUUCCAGCAGUGGCAGGCCGCAGAGCGGGUGCUGCAGCGCGACCACUGGCUGCAGAACCUUGAGCUGAGCCUUGUCCCCCACUAUGACGUUCUGGAGCCUGGAGAGCUUGCUGAGGACACCCAUGGACUGGACUGCCUGGCCGGGCAACGGGAGGCCACAGAGCGCACACUCCCGGAGGCCGGCCGGCCAGCAGAAGCUCUGGACGGCACCGAGACUGAGGGGCCCAUGAGCCUGAGACCUGAGGGGCCACCGGGGCAGGAGGGGCCCAUGAGCCUGAGACCUGAGGGGCCACCGGGGCAGGAGGGGCCCCUGAGACCGGGAUCUGAGGGGCUGCCAGGCCAGGAGGGACCUAUGAGCCCAGAUCCUGUGGGGCCACUGGGCCAGAAGAGGCCCCUGAGACCAGGACCUGCGGGGCUGCCGGGCCAGGAAGGAGCUGCGAGCCCGGGACCUGUGGGGCCACUGGGCCAGAAGAGGCCCCUGAGACCAGGACCUGAGGGGCUGCCAGGCCAGGAAGGAGCUGCGAGCCCGGGACCUGCGGGGCUGCCAGGCCAGCAGGGGCCUGUGUGGUCUUCGGGGCAGGGGCACGCGAUGGAGCUGGUGUUGCCGAUGGAGCCGGGGGCGCUGCGCUUCCUGCAGCUCUACCAUCAGGACCUCCUUGCCAGUCUCGGAGAUGUCGUCCUCUUCCCCCUUGAAGGGACAGAUGUGACAGGUUUUCGGCUCUGUGGCGCCCCGGCCCCGUGCCAGGUGGCUGAGGAGUUUUUGUUGAGCCUGCUGGGCAGUGUGAGUGGCCACGUGCUGAGUCUGAGACACCCUGGCAGUGCCAGUUUCCUGCUGGGCCCAGAGGGGCAGCACCUCCUACGGGGGCUGGAGGCCAAGUUCCAGUGCGUGUUUGGGACUGAGCGGCUGGCCAGGAGCACCGUGCAUACAGGCCCUGAAGAGGUGGACCCCACCGAGGCCCUCCAGCCCCACACCUUGUUGGCCCCAGACGGUGCAGCCUGCGACCAGGACAACAUGAGCCUGGAAGAGGUCCGAGAGCUGUUGGCCACCCUGGAGGGCCUUGACGGAGUGGAGUGGCUUCCCCCGGAGCUGGGGAAGGAUCGUUGCGAGGAGGGGGUCCCCCAAGAGGAAGAGGAGGCAGGGAGUCCGGCGUGCUUAGAGCCGGAGCUUGCAGCCAGGACCGAGGCGGAGCCCAGGGCCCCCAGCACCAGGGCUCCGGGGCAGCUGGAGGAGGAGGCCGCACUGCAGCUGGCUCUCCAUCGCUCGCUGGGGCCACAGGGUGGGGUAGCCGAGCGAGAGGAGGCUGCAGCCUUGCAGCAAGCCCUGGCCCUGUCCCUGCUGGAUCGGCCCCUGUUGGAGGAGGAAGAGCCCCUCAGGGGCGGGACCGAAGGGCUGGCCCAGCUGGUGGUGCACACGGUCUUCGAGCAGGACUUGGAAGAGCUGGAGCGGGCGCUGGAGACCGCCUUGGAGGCCAACCUCUGGGAGGAGACGGUGGGCGCCCAGGGUGGAGAGCUGCCCGAAGAGCUCCGUGUCCAGCUGGAAUGGCGCUAUGGCGUGAGCAUCGGCCUUUGUGAGGAUGGUGCUGUCCUCCGUGGCUUCGGGGCCCAGCCAGCCCGUGCAGCCCGCCACCUUGCAGCUCUGCUGGCCGUCCCCUGGGGUCAGGGCGAGGCCUUUCCCCUGGCGGCCUCAGGCCCCUCUCUGCCACAGGCAAGUCUGAGGGACCCUUUUGGCAGGCUCGAGUGUCUGGCUGAGAGCUCUGAGGAGUUCCAGGAGGUGGUGCGGGCCUUCUAUGACACCCUGGACGCUGCCCACAGCAGGAUUCGGAUUGUCCGAGUGGAGCGCGUGUCGCACCCGCUGCUGCAGCAGCAGUACGAGCUGCAGCGUGAGCGGCUGGAGCGGCGCUGUGAGCGGCAGCCCGCCGAGCAGGUCCUGUACCACGGCACGUCCGCGCCCGCGGUGCCUGACAUCUGCGCGCACGGCUUCAACCGCAGCUUCUGUGGCCGCAACGGCACGCUCUACGGGCAGGGAGUGUACUUCGCCAAGCGCGCCUCCCUGUCGGUGCAGGACCGCUACUCGCCGCCCGACGCCAACGGCCACAAGGCGGUGUUCGUGGCGCGGGUGCUGACCGGCGACUACGGGCAGGGCCGCCGAGGGCUGCGGGCGCCGCCGCCGAGGGCCUGUGGCCACCACCUCCUGCGUUACGACAGCGCCGUGGACAGCCUAACCCAGCCCCGCAUCUUUGUCAUCUUUCACGACACGCAGGCGCUACCCACCCACCUCAUCACCUGCGAGCACAUGUCCCGGGUUCCCUCCGAGAACCCCUCGGGGCUCUCGGGCCAUUCCCCGACCUCCUGA